UUCAAACUGAGGAGGAUCAGAGAAGAAGACCGGUGUUGCUCGUCUGCAGCGUGGACGACUGAAAGACAAGAAAGGAGGAGGUGGAAAAAGAGGAGGAGAGGAGGAGGCACCAAACCACCCACAGAGAGAAAGUUUCCUGACACACAGACUCUCUGUCUGAAAGCUCACACACUGUUUCUGUUUGUGGAAACUUCAGCGUGAACACACAGAGAAGACAAACCACAGAAGAAGAAAACUAAAGUCCAGCAGACUCACCAGAGUGCAUCAUGGGAACGUCUUCGCUCCACAGACACAGCUGAAGACCUGAACGUCCUCUGGUUCCUCCUCCACCGCAGACACCCAGCAUGCCGGCCAGGCCGUCCCAGAGAAGGAGCUCUGUGGGUGGGGCAGGAGGACUGCUGCUGCUCCCUCUGCUCCUGGGCCUGAUGGUGAUGACGAUGAUGAUGAUGAAGGUGGAGGCAACGAGCAUUGAGGAGGUGGAGAGCGAGGAGAGCGAGGAGGUGCUGGAGGAGGACGAGGCCGUCAGCACUGAGAUCCCGGAGCCGCUGUCCUCUGAUCUGUCCAGAGUGUCUCCUCUCAGCUCCUGGCUCAUCUUCAGGAGAAACUCCAACAAGGGGGACAACCGGAGAACCAAAGGGUCCAGGAGAACCUCCAAGCAUGGUCUUCCAGGACCUCCAGGACCUCCAGGACCCCAGGGGCCUCCAGGCCCCCCGGCCCCCCUCCUGCCCCAACAACAGGAGCUGAUCCAGGAGCUUCAGCUCAAACUGAGAGAUUUUACACUACAGAUAAAAAUACAUGUUUUAGCUCAUCUGUGUGUGUGUGUGUGUGUGUGUGUGUCAGAGUCAGGAGACAGACUCCAGGUGAGACUCAGAGACAGUGUGAGAGCAGCCAUCUGCAUCGAGUCACUCUGCCAGAGCAACCUCUCUGUAGAGUCAGUGAUGGGCGUGGCAGCUGCUGGAGGAACAUUCAGUAUCUUACUGACAGGAACGCUCUAUCUACAGGCUGGAGAGUACGUGUCAGUGUUUGUGGACAACGCCACCGGCUCGUCCAUCAGCGUCCUGCAGGACUCUCUGUUCUCUGGGAUCCUGCUGGGAGUCUGAACACAGACACUUUGUGACAUCAGCAGAGAGGCGACAUCAGCCAUGGCGUCCCACGGCGAGGACAGAGGUGUGACAUCAUCCUCACAGAGCUACACCCGAGCGCCAUCACCUGAUCUCCACAGUUUUAACCACAUGGUGGCGCUGUUGUUCCUGAGGGAUCCUCUGAAACCUGGACUUGCGGUGAAUGAUUUUUUCAUUCACUUUAAUGCAGAUAUUUUUCCUGCAGCUCCGCCUGGUGGACAUUAGAGGAACUGCAGCCAGGGCGGCUCAUCAUUACUCCACUGAUCUUUGGAUGGCUGAUGAUACGUUCAUAUUUUACACAUUAUUAAAUCUUUAUAUUUAAGCAGUUUCAUGCGAACGCGUCGCCAGUAUUCUGAUUUUCUACCAGUUUUCUUUUUGUCAACAGAGACCUGAGAACAGCAGCAGUCUGAACAGAUCGUCUGUCUCCAUCUUACUUUGAUAUUAAUAUUUAUUCUCUGGAUGUGAUAAACAAGUUGUGAAUAAUUGAGAUAAUAAAACUGUUCUACUCG